AUGCUAGAAUCCCUCUUCCCAGGACCACAAGAUGUCCUGCCCCCAACUCCCUCCUGGUACCAGCAUGCCGCCGUGGGAAUCUGCAUCCUCUCCAUAUUCCUCCCUCCCGGUCCUAUCCGGCUGAGCACCGGUCUCCUCCUCCUUAUCCUAAUAAUCCAUGCCACUUUCUGGACUUAUGCACCUACGUACAAUGAAUACACGGUUUCCACGACAUCUAUGACUACGUUGUUUGCUUGGAUUGAUUUCGUAGCUUGCCACGAUCUGGAACAUGAUUUCUGGAAGGUUGAGAAGGAUGCUGAAGGUCACGUGGUCGAGAAGAGGGUUCCCAAUGGGGUUUGGGAAAAGCUGAAAUGGUCUACACUGUUUUGGUUCGGUUAUAGGAAGAUAGGUUGGAACAUCCAAGUUUCUUCCAUAUCUCCAGCGGUCCCCAGCGACUAUCCUCGAAGUCGGUUUCUGAGACAGAUGUUUUUGAAGACUAUCAAGAUGUACCUCAGCCUGGACCUCGCUUCCACAAGCCUCCGCCUUCUCAGCCAUUCUCGCAAUAAUGCCGACUUCUUCAAGGAGCCUCUCUUUACUCAAGUACUCAGCGGCUGGGCAACAGCAUCCAGAGCCUACUUCGGCAUGUCAUUUAUCUACCAUAUCGCUGCAUUUAUUGCUGUUCUUCUCUCCUUAACUCCCCUUUCAUCUUGGCCUCCUAUCAAUGGCUCUUUUCGGCAAAACUUCUUCUCCGUACGUCAAACGUGGGGAAGACUUUGGCAUCAAUUUAUCCGCCGUUAUUGCACUUCUGCUGGUCGUGCUGUGACACGAAUCUGCCAUUUCAAGAAAGGAGGAUUCGCUAGUCGGUAUACACAACUAUGGAUUGGGUUUGUGGUGAGUGCUCUCAUGCAUGCACCUCCAGCUGUAAUGUGGAGUGAUCGUGGGUUUUGGCAGGCGAUGGCUUUUUUGAGUCAGCCGGCCGCGAUCAUGGUUGAAGAUCUUGUCAUUCAUUGUGGGAAAGUCGUAGGACUAAGAGAUAAUGGUUUCAUAAGGAGCGUAGGGUAUUUGUGGACAUUCUUGUGGUUUUCAUACUCUCUCCGAUUUUGGGUUGCCACCGUUCCUGCACAGUACGCGGAAGGUGAUGAGCUGCCAAGUCUGAUCAAAUAUGUGAUCAAGAGAUUUGAAGUAAAAUCAGUGUAUGGAGUUGAGUAUUAG